CCUCCAAGGCACAUCUGCGAAAGCUCCCAAGUAUUCGGCGGCAGUAUUAGCAUACCAGCUUCCACCAUAGGUCUCGCCGAGACAGCUGUCUUGGACAUAAUGGCUGCAAAUCUGCAACAGCAGCGCUCCAUCAACUCGCAGCUGCGACGCGAGGUGGGAAUCGAGCGGAUGCCCGUGUCGGAGGCCUGCUCCCUUAUGAUGAAGUACAUGUUGGAGAACGAGGAGGAGGACUGCCUCCUCAGCGGCUUCACCCAAAAGGUUAAUCCCUUCCGCGAGAAGAGCUCCUGCAGCAUCCUGUAGGUCUGCAUCGACCAACACCACCCGUUCCUAGCAGUAUUAUCCCAUAAAGUAUACUCAACUGCGGCGCAGAUUCCAGAGAUCACAGCCGCCGUGCCGUACCGUGUCGUGUAACCUAUUUGAUGUUCGUUGCAAGUGUGUGCUCUGACCUCAAUUAUGUCUAUAAACUGAAUAUAUAUGUAUACAAUGGAUCCGGGCAAGAAUUGAUUAACGAGUAAACAAGUAGAAGAGGAACCGUCUUGAGCUAAAUGCCUGCACAUCUGUGUAUAGUAAUAAUACCGUGUAUUUUGCUAAUCCUGUAGCUCUUUAUUGGAGAAACUAGCAAACAUCCUGUCUAUACCUAUUUAAAUGUUUCGACAAAAAUAAAUCUAUGUAGUCUGA